CAAUCGGAGAUGGAUGUCUCUCUUUGCCCUACCAAGUGCAGUUUCUGGAGGAUUUUUUUGCUGGGAAGCUUCUGGCUGGACUAUCUGGGUUCGGUGCUGGCUUGCCCUGCGAACUGUGUCUGCAGUAAGACAGAGAUCAACUGCAAGAAUCCCGAUGAUGGGAAUCUCUUCCCCCUCUUGGAAGGGCAGGAUUCAGGGAACAGCAAUGGCAACGCCAGCAUCAAUAUCACGGACAUCUCAAGGAAUAUCACUUCCAUACACAUAGAGAACUGGCGGAGCUUACAUACACUCAAUGCAGUGGACAUGGAGCUCUAUACUGGACUUCAAAAGCUGACUAUCAAGAACUCAGGACUUCGGAACAUCCAGCCUAGGGCAUUUGCCAAGAAUCCUCACUUACGCUACAUAAAUCUCUCCAGCAACCGGCUUACCACACUGUCAUGGCAACUCUUCCAGACGUUGAGUCUCCGUGAACUGAGAUUAGAGCAAAAUUUCUUCAACUGUAGCUGUGACAUCCGCUGGAUGCAGCUGUGGCAAGAGCAGGGUGAGGCCAAACUGAACAGUCAGAAUCUCUUCUGCAUCAGCACAGAUGGCUCUCGAAUUCCCCUGCAGCGUAUGAACAUCACCCAGUGUGACCUACCUGAGAUAAGUGUAAGUCACAUCAACCUGACUGUACGAGAAGGUGAGAAUGCUGUCAUCACCUGUAAUGGCUCUGGCUCCCCUCUGCCUGAUGUGGACUGGACUGUCACAGGCCUGCAGUCCAUCAAUACCCACCAGACAAACCUUAACUGGACCAAUGUUCAUGCCAUCAACCUGACCCUGGUCAAUGUUACCAGUGAAGACAAUGGCUUCACCUUGACCUGCAUUGCUGAAAAUGUGGUGGGCAUGAGUAAUGCUAGUGUGGCACUCACCGUUUACUAUCCUCCACGUGUGAUGAGCCUAGAAGAACCUGAACUGCGGCUGGAGCACUGCAUCGAAUUUGUGGUCCGGGGGAACCCACCCCCCACCCUGCACUGGCUGCACAAUGGGCAGCCACUGAGGGAAUCUAAGAUCAUUCGGGUGGAGUACUACCAGGAGGGUGAGGUCUCUGAAGGCUGCCUCCUCUUCAAUAAGCCCACCCAUUAUAACAAUGGCAACUACACCCUUAUAGCCAAAAACCACCUGGGCACAGCCAAUCAGACCAUCAAGGGUCACUUCCUCAAGGAACCCUUUCCAGAGAGUACGGAUAACUUUGUCUCAAUCUAUGAAGUGAGCCCCACACCUCCUAUCACCGUGACCCACAAACCAGAGGAGGACACUUUUGGGGUAUCCAUAGCUGUUGGACUUGCAGCUUUUGCCUGUGUCCUUUUGGUGGUUCUCUUUAUCAUGAUCAACAAGUAUGGCCGGCGGUCCAAGUUUGGAAUGAAAGGUAUGGUGGGAUUUCCAUUCAUUAGCAUGGGUGCCUUUGGGGAGAACUGA